UUAAAUUAAAUAGGCCCACGUUAAAAUCUAAAGAUAACGCAUGUAAAAAAAUGUUUUACUGUGCCCCCACAAUUGGACAAACGGUAAAGUUGAGAUGUUAUUGGCUAAUAACGCGGCUUGUCAAAACCAGCUGCUUUGACUUUUAUGCCUCAUGGUGGAGCGGAGUAACGACUCACCCUACUGGUGAAUUUCUGUAAAGUGCACAGUGGGAAUUGAUAAAUAAGACUGGAAGUUCUCCAAUACACUUCUGUGAGGUAAUCUUUGUCCCUCCCUUGUUCUCCUAACUUCAGAUGCACCUGUCGCGGUUGUAAGCCCCAGCUACAGCCUACAACCAGGAAACCUGUUUAAUGGAAUCAUUGGCCAUCAUCCUUGUUUUGAAUAAAUUAGAACGUGUCAUCGUCAUCGUUCAAAGAUAUGAUCUACAUCUGAACCGUAUAUAUAAUGCACAUCAUUUCUAGGCUCAGUGAAACGCUCGGAGUCACCGGUAUCAGAUGCGUGCAUCAACGCAGGCAGGAAGCCGCGCAGCAACGGUUUGAUCUCUCAUGUUCUGGUCACAAAGUUCCAUCGAAACAAGAAGGCUACAACCUUUUGCACACAUUUCGAUAAUUUUUUAUUUCUAGAAAACUGACCGACAACGAUGGCGUUUUCAUAUGGAGACUUGGAUCCAAACUAUGUGAAACCAACGGAGGGCCAAGAUAACAGUGAAGAAGACCUGGACUUUUCCUAUCUGUUCCAUUACAACCGACCAGAAUUUUCCACUGGGGGUGACAACGGGAAUAGCCCCCAUCCUGCUCUGCUGCCCCAGCUAUGUGAAGACAGCUACCCUGACGACCCCAGCCAACAAUCAUACCUUCUCCCCGGGUCUGGAGCUGGGCUCGACCCCCUGGAGCUUCUAGCCAACGGACCAGGACUGGCCCCUACUCCCAGCCCCAGGAUCGAGAUCACUCCAUCGUGGGAGCCUCUCCAGCCGCUGUCCCUGGACUGCAGCCCCGGCUCCACAGCCCUGAUGGCCUACAGGGAGCAGCAGUGCCUGAGUCCUGCCAGCAGCAACUCCUCCACAGGCUGGCUGGCAGAGAGCAACUCACCCUGGACCUCACCUUGCGUCUCCCCCAGUGGAGGUGGAGGGGGAGUGGGGCAGCUGGCCCAGGACCUGUGCCCCGGGCUCCAGGGGAUAUCCACCUCUUCAGGCCACUCCUCCCCAGGCACGUCCCCCCGUAACAGCAUCACAGAGGAAACCUUCCAGCUCCUGCAGAGCCAACGGACUUCCUCCGCCUCUCCAAACCCACACUCCCUCUCCCACCUCCGCUCACGCUCCGCCUCACCACAGGGGAAACGAACCUAUGACCAGUACAGUGGAAGCCCCUGCCUGGGGACCCCAGUCUACCCGCGAUCUCGGAGCCCCAGCCCCGGCCCACUGAUCCCCCAGGGAUCUCACCACCAACUCCAGCCCCAGGCUCCACUCCAGCUCCAGGCUCAGGCCUCACCCAACCUGGAGGAGCUUCUAAGUAGCCCCUACAGAGCAGUGUCGUCCAAGAUGGUGCGGAACAGCAAGGAGAGCUAUGUGUGGGGGGAGACCCAGACUCAGGGUAUCCUGUUUGGCGAGAACCAGACACAGGACACUCCAUAUGGGGACACCGAGAACCAGAGUAGUCUGUAUGCUGACACGAAGGUCUGGGUCUGUGAGCAGGAGAGGAGAGGCCGGCCUGAAUCUGGGCCUGGUACUGGGCUUGGUGCUAGACUUGACACCCUCUAUGUGCUCCCACCCAUCUGGUCUUCCCCUCUGACCCACAAUGGAGCCUUAAGUGUCCCCGCGUUGUCCUCGGUGCCCCCUCUGGAUUGGCCUGUGCCCAGCCAGUCAGGGCAGUACCAGCUCCAGAUCUUGCAGCAGCCCCGGCCUCACCACCGGGCCCACUACGAGACCGAGGGCAGCCGGGGGCCCGUGAAGGCACCUGGGGGAGGACACCCAGAGGUCCAGUUGUGUGGGUACAGAGGCUCAGGGCCCCUGGGUCUGCUGGUGUUCAUCGGAACGGCCGACGAGAAGGUCAUGAGACCCCACUCCUUCUACCAGGUCCACCGGAUCACGGGCAAAACGGUCACCACCCCCAGCCUGGAGAGAACUGUCCAGGGCACCAAGGCUCUGGAGCUGCCUCUGGAGCCUAGCAACAACAUGAGAGUAGUGAUUGACUGUGCCGGAAUCUUGAAGCUGAGGAACGCUGAUAUCGAGCUGAGGAAUGGAGAGACGAACAUCGGGCGUAAGAACACGCGGGUUCGCCUGGUGUACCGCGUCCACAUCCCAGAGCCAACGGGUCAGGUGGUCUCCCUGCAGGUGGCCUCCCAGCCUAUCGAGUGCUCCCAGAGAUCGGCCCAGGAGUACCCCAGGGUGGAGAACCAGGAUCUGGAGUGCUGUUCGGUUCUGGGUGGGCAGCAGAUGAUCCUGUUGGGUCAGAACUUCACCUCCGAGUCCAGGGUGGUGUUCACUGAAAAGACACAUGAAGUGCAGAUCUGGGAAGCAGAGGCCAAUGUGGACAGAGACAAGAGCCGCCCGAACAUCCUGUUUGUGGAGGUGCCUCCGUACAGAGACCUGAGCCUUCACCAAGCAGUCCAGGUUAACUUUUUUGUGAUGAACGGUAGGCGCAAAUGCAGUCUGUCCCAGCCCUUCACCUACGCUCCCCUGACAGCUGUGAAGAGAGAGCCCGUGGAUGACUACCAGUACAGUCUGCUAGGCUGUGCUGUGUCCCAGGCCUCCAGACAGACUGUUACACCAGGUUACCACACCCAGAGUACCCACCUCAUCCCCAGCCACCACUCCAUGCCAGGCACGGCACCCUACCAGCAGCUGGGGGUAGUGCCCGACCACAGUGACAGCUUUUACCAGGCCCAGUACAAGCCCCCACCUGCCUACCACCCCACCAGCAUCAACCGUGCUCACCAGCCUCCAGGAUCAGGGGCCACGUUUACCGGUGGCGGCCCGGCCCAAACUCUCACCAGGCCCCAGCAGGGUCAGCCUUGCCAGGCUCCCCAGCCAGGGCCCCAGUCCCAGGUCCUGCACGCCAGUCAGCAUGUUGGAAUAGGUGCCCUGCCAGACCAGACCAGACCAGGUGACAGAGAAUACCUGGCUCCAGUGUCGCCCUGCCCUGUUGGAGCUUCGCCAGGGGCCAGUGGUGGCCAGAUGUAUCGAGGGUAUGUCCAGGUCCAGACAGUGCUGCCCUUGGGCAGGUCCCCACCAUGCUACACCCAGGGUCUGGUCCACAGAGACCCAGAACCCAGAGCCAGAUCUGGACAGGACCAAGGAUGUCAGAGCUUGGCCCAGAGAGGCCCAGCGACCAGCUGCCUGUCUGGGCUGAUCCCUGGGAAAAUCACAGUCAAGCAGGAGAACUUGAACCAGAACUAUUUGGAUGACGUGAAUGAUAUCAUCAGCAGCAACCUGUAAAUCAAUGACAGGAGACCAGGUUUGAAGCUCCUCUGAGGUUAACCACCAAUACCAGGCCAGACCAGGCAACUCCUGGCAUGGUCCUACUGACCUUUCCACUGUUAUUAUACAUGUUUGAUAAGCCUGCUGUUUUAUUGUAAAUACAUGCAUAGUGUUACUACGGGAUGAUUAAAAAUGUGCCUUAAUUA